UGUGCUUUAUGACCCUGAAAGAGGACUUCAACUCUGAGGCGGGGAUCCCCCGACCCUUUAAGAAGGGUUUCGGACAACGAAUCAUCGGCUCACUUCACGGGCCUUUUUGAAAAGUGUCGCAGAGAGAUACAAGAAAUUCACUUGUUAUCUCUCUGGAGACACAGACGGCCCUGCGUGGAUCCGAAUAGGACGACGUUGUUGUAGCCUAGGCAACCACAUUCUCAUUUCAGGGAAUAAUCAAAGGUCAUAGUCAUAACCAGGGCUGUUUUAUGGCCGGCAUUUCACUCCACCCUGGAAGAUAACGCGUUCGCACACGCACGAUUCUUCAUUUUCAGACCCAAGCGCAGUCGCUAUGCCAUCCAGGACCAAGACCCUGCACUUCCUGUCCAGUGCGCUGGUCACCUGCAUAUCGGUGGGGAUCUUGGGCUUUGCCAUGUCCACGGCGUGGGCCACCAAGAGCAUGAAGUGCGCCCGAGAUGGGAGCGGCUUCUUCAACGGCUCGGCCGCAGUCACGCUGGGGCUUUUCGACGGCAGAUUGGAACAGGAGCUUUGUCCCCUUUUUGGACCGCCUGUUGACUUUGAAGUGUUCCCCAAGUUGACGGAGACCAAGGGCGUCCCGCUGGUCCUGCACGCCGUGACGUUGUGCCUGCUGGCGUUGUGUCUGCUGUGCUCGGCCGUCAGCAUCCUCAUCUCGCUGUACAACAGCGUCAGCAACCCCUACGAGACGUACAUGGGGCCCAUCGGCAUCUACGCCAGUAGCGCCAUCAGCGCGUGCUUGUCCGUCUUGGCGCUGGUCGUCUUCGUGGUCAACUUCAGCGUGACCACGGUGGCGGAGGACUUGGUGAGGACCUUCUCCGAGAACGUCCCGGUGGACCUGAAGAUCGUGUCCUACAAGAUGCUGCUGGGCUACUACCUGCUCAUCCCGUACGCGGCGCUCUCGCUGCUCGCCAUCGGCCUCAUCUACAUGUACGACCACGCCGCGUACACGCAGCGGCGUGAACAGCAGCGGCCCACCGAGGACGCCCCCAAGGAGAUCAUGAUGUACUAGGACCCUCCCUAACCGAGGGGACGGCGAUUAACUUAUUCUCACGACCAAUUGCAUGCGGGUAUGAACUGUAAAUAGUGAAUGUGAAUUUGUAAUGAGAAUGUACGCGGAUGGACAAAAUGUUGAUAUUAUUCAUUUAGCUAGCCGAUCAUUGUGCUAACGAAUAGCAAGAUAGCAACCAGGCAGAUAAGAAUUUUACGCAAGCCCUUGUCGUCAGUUACUAUUUGAAAUAGGUAUGAAAAUAUGACCAAAAAAACCCAACCAAACAAACAAACGAACAAAGGAGACGGCCCAAAAAGUCAAGGCAAAGAUUUUUCUCAUCCCAGCUGCUGGUGCUGACAUGGCAUCGGGGAGCUCAAGUGUCCUGUGUCCCAUCACUCACCUGGGUCACCUGGACCCUGUUUGGACACGUCCAUCUUUGCGUUGCUCUCGUAACGCCGGCUAACUGCCUUCAAAGAGCCUCUCGCACUUCAAGGCAGCUGCGGAGGGACCUUGCAAUUUGCUUUUUUUUUUUUGGGUGAAUAUGGAUUAUGUUUCGGAGAAUGUGCACUCGGCCGAGAGGAAACGGGAAGCGGGCCCCUGUUUGAUCUGCCGAUGUGGCAAUUAGUCAUCUGUUCACAUGCCACUUUUUUUUUAAGGUAGGAUAAAUGCAGGACAAAGCUGAUAUGGCAGUUGGAAGCUAGGACGAUGUUGGACGAAGCAGAAUGAAGCCAAACUAAGUGCAA